CGUGAUCGCCAGGGCUGACCCCGGGGGCAAGGCGGAAAGCGGACGGCUUCGGCAGGAAUGAAUGGAGUCCUGCAGCCGGAGCGGCGGCGGCAGUGGCGGCUGCAGCAGAAGCCGUGCGAGGCAGCUGCUGCGGGGCUGCGUUGAAGCCGCCCCGGAUCCGCCGCCGUUUGCACCGGGCUGCGCUUUUGUCUCCGGAUCCGUGCGGCUCCCCGGGGCUCCUUAGCCAUGUUCAACCAGCAGCAGUUCCAGCAGCAAUUGCUGCAGCUCCAGCACCUCCUCCAGCACCACCCGCCGCAGCAGCAGCAGGCAGGCCGGGGCGUGACAUCACCCCAGCAGCAGUCGAUGCUGAACUUGCGAGCCGCCAAUCAAGCGUCACUCCUCAAUGCCAACCCGAUGCUUCAGCGAGCCCUGCUUGUGCAGCAGAUGCAAGGUAACUUAAGAGGCUUCAACAUGGCAGCAGCUCCUGUGUUGCAGCAAUUCUUCCCUCAGGCUACGAGGCAUUCUCUUUUAGGUCCCCCGCCCGUCGGGGUCUCCUUAAAGCCCACCCGCCUGGCUUUCCCGGGCCUCCCAUUUCAAAGGCAGAAUCGCACCUUUCGCAAGGACUUCCCAAGGGUUCCUGAGAGGAAGCGAGAAGCAGAUUUGGCGAUCUCCUCAUCCUCCUCAUCGCAGAUUCCAGGAGCAUAUGAGCCAGGGCCUCUUUUGGAGGGGUGUUUCGUCAGCACAGGGCCUGAACAAGCUGGCUCUUCUCCAUCAGAGACUCUGAGAGAAUCUUCCCCAGAUGGUGAGCCAGCAAGCAAGCGGCUGAAAAGUGGAGAUGAAGAGUCGAUCCCUGAUGACGUCCUGUGCGUCCAGGAAGUGGAAGAUGCAGAAUCCCCUGUGGAAGAGGCAGACCACGGGAAGCAGAAUUUGGCAGCAGAUAUUUCGAGGGAGAAAAACUUCUCUGAGGAACUGAAGGCAUCUGAGGUGAUUAGCUCUGCAGGGUCACUGAAAGUAACUAUCCAGCAGAGCAGUGAAAGCCGAGCAAUCAGUACCACGGCCCUGAAGCCCACGCACUGGACCUCUGAGGUGGGCACAGCGGAGACCAGCCCUGAGUCUGCUGUGAAAUUCUACUGUUACAUUUGCAAGACCAACUGCUGCAACCAACAGAAUUUCCAGGCUCACAUGGCAGGACUGGAACACCAGCAACGACUUCAGGAGAUACAGCACAUGAGCAACAUCUGCUUCGUCUCGUUGCUGCCCAUGGUGAAGGAGCAGAGGCCCCUGGCUGAGAAAGACGGAGAGAGCCAGCAGCGAUGGUGUAACACCUGCCAGCUACAUUUUACAGGUGAUCUGAUUAAACAUCGGCGGACUCAGGAACACAAGCUUGCCAAGCGUGCUCUCCGGCCAUUUUGCACUGUCUGCAGCCGCCAUUUCAAAACCCCGCGCAAGUUUGUGGAGCAUAUGAAGUCUACGGAGCACAAGCAGAAGGCCAAGGAGGUGAGGUUAGGAGAAAAGGAGCAGGGCGGACCAGAGGAUUCAGAGGAGCUUAUAACGGUAGAUGCUGUUGGCUGUUUUGAAGAUGAUGACGAGGAGGAGGAGGAGGAAGAAGAAGAAGUCGAAGGGGAGGAAAGCUCUGAGAUGGGGCAACUGGAUGGUGAAGAUCCUCUUGGCAAGCAGGCUGGGCUAAAGGAAGUAUCCUUGGGCAACGGUGAAGCCCUUGAGAAGUACUGUCCGGAUACCAUCUACGGCCCGGAUUUUCUGGUCCCCGUGGCAGGUUUCCUCUGCAGGUUGUGUCGCACAUUCUACCAUAGCGACUCGGCUGCCCGGCUCGCACACUGCAAGUCUCUGAUGCAUUUUGAAAACUUUCAGAGAUACAAAGCCACAAAGCCGCAGGCCACUGCCGUGCUUACAGAGGCCCCCUCAGGUCCUCAGCUCAGGCUGGCUGAUGACCACCAAACUCCUCCUGCUGCUAUGACGGAGAGCACGGAUGUGGAAAAAGAGGCUGUAGUAUUAACGGCAGCCAACAAAGAAGAUUGCAAACCUCCAGAAGAAGAAGGCUGCCCCUUGACUCCUAGGGGUAGCCCAGCAGCCAUUCAGACUGGUGAUAUAGGUGGAGCCCUGCUGGCAGACGAUGAAGAUGAUGAAGAAAAUGAGGUCUCCAACCUGAGGGAUCACUCGUUGCUUGGAGAUGCCGCUGCAGGGAUGAGGGAACCGGUGGGACUGUGUGUACAGAAAAAAGAGCUCAGCGACAAAACCAUCCAAGGGGGAAGCCCAGGCAGAGGCACAGCAGACGAAGAAGAUCCCAGCACAAAUGAGAUGUUGGCUGGCAGUGACCAGCCGGAGGGAGCAGCGCCUUCCUCCCUAGCCAAAGGGGAGGCCUCGGCUGGACGCAGGCGUUCUACUAGGCGUAGGGCCAGAUAAAGUAACCUUAAUAGGAGAGUUUCUCCCCUUUUGUGUAGAUUUUUGAAGAAAGAUUUAUUUUUCCCCCAUCUUCAGGUCUUCUACUUUUAGAAAAAAGUGUGCUAUGAUUUUACUGCAGGUUUUAUUC